AUGGGUGUCCAAAUAUACAAAGAAAAUUCCUUAAGAUUUUGGGGGAAAUUGUGUUUCAAACGUGUUCCUUCAAAUGACUUGAUCACUGAUAUCCCUUCUCUGUCCUCAUCCCCAGCCAAAAAGGAACUAGAGGGUGCAGAUGAAAAGAAGCAGGUGCAGAAGAAGAAAGUCAAGGAGCUGAAGGUUCUUGAUUCAAAGUCCUCACAAAACCUUUCCAUUUUUCUCGGAUCCUUCCGUCUUCCAUAUGAAGAAAUCAAAAACUGCAUCCUGGAAGUUAAUGAGAAAGUCCUCACAGAGUCCCUGGUUCAGAACCUGAUCAAACAGCUGCCUGCACCAGAGCAGCUUAGUGUCCUUGGAGAGAUGAAAGAUGAAUAUGAUGACUUGGCUGAGGCUGAACAGUUUGUAGUGGUGAUCUCAAGUGUGAAGCGGUUGGUGCCACGGCUUCAGGCCAUCCUGUUUAAGCUACAGUUUGAGGAACAGUUGAACAACAUUAAACCGGAUGUGGUGUCUGUGACAGCUGCUUGUGAGGAGCUCAGGAAAAGCACCUCCUUCUCGAAGCUGCUGCAGAUCAUCCUUCUUGUUGGCAAUUAUAUGAACGCAGGCUCUCGCAAUGGCAAGGCCUUCGGCUUUUCCAUAUCAUACCUGUGCAAGCUACGUGACACCAAAUCAGCUGACCUGAAGCAGACACUGCUCCACUUCCUUGCUGAUGUGUGCAUGGAGCAGUAUCCGGAAGUCAUGAGCUUUCCUGAUGAGCUCAUCCAUAUUGAGAAGGCCAGCAGAGUUUCUGCAGAGACACUUCAGAAGAAUGUAGAAAUGAUGGGUCGUCAGAUCAAGAACCUGGAGAAAGACAUAGAAACCUUCCCUCCUGCACAAAAUGACAAGGACCAAUUUGUGGAGAAGAUGUCGAGUUUUGUGAGCAGUGCUCGUGAACAGUAUGAGAAGCUGGAUCUGAUGCAUAAAAAUAUGGAGAAGCAAUAUACCGACCUGGGAGACUAUUUUGUCUUUGACCCCAGAAAACUUUCAGUGGAGGAGUUCUUUGGCGAUCUCAACACCUUUAAGAACAUGUUUCAGCAAGCAGUGAAGGAUAACCAGAAGAGAAAGGAGGCGGAAGAAAAGCUCAAAAGGGCCAAGCUGGCCAGGGAAAAAGCUGAAAGGGAAAAGGAGGAGAAACUCAAAAAGAGGCAGCUCCUGGACAUCAACACAGAGGGUGAUGAAACCGGCAUCAUGGAUGGACUCUUGGAGGCGCUGCAGUCUGGCGCUGCUUUCAGGAGAAAGAGAGGACCCCGGCAAGCAGCCAACCACAGAAGAGCUGGUCAUGCAGUGACCAACAUCCUGGCCAAAGAACUGAUGCAGGAAGACGCACCAUCAAGCAUGGCGCCCAUGAAGAAGACCAAGUUGGAUGAGAAGGAUGAGCACAAGAUCGAAGCGGGAGAUUCGUUAGAGGAGCUACUGGAAGCUGCGCCUUCUCGCUCCAGUUAGACCAUUUGCUCAGAUAUUUUGCGUUUUUUGUUUUGUAUUAAGUUUAAUUGUCACAUGCGUCUGAGCAGAUUUGUUUCUCAUUGUUGCAGCCAAUAUUGAUCUAAAAUUUACUAAGUUAAGCAUCAUUCCACACUUACUGAAAUCUUCUGGGAUGAAAUAUUUCCCUCAUUCAGCCAAUGACUUUUUGCCACUUUUAACUGUUUUUUGAUUAUUUUUUUUUUGGCUAACAUACACAACUGUUCCGAGUCCAUAUGCACUGUCUGCUUCUUUACCACAGCUUUUAAUCACUUAAUUCAUUGAAUGAUCAUAUGAAAGAUCAUCUCAGAAGAGGGAUUCACUGUUAUUUCCCAAAUUUUCAUAACAUCAGGCACAUAAAAGAUGCUACAAAUGGUUAGUUUUGGAUGCACUAUGAAUUGUCCACUUUUUUUUUUUUAAUGCGCUGCAUUCUUGUUUGAUAUAUUGUAUAUUGCUGUUUGGAAAUGAUGAUGAUUCCACUGUGUUGCUGGAAAAAGUGCCAAUGAGUAGCAGUCCAGUCCAGUCCUGUUAUUUCAUUCACAGUCUCGGUAGCAGCUCUCACAUUGGGUGGAUGAUUUUAUUAGCGGUGUGCACAUAUCUGUGUGAGAUUUUUUUCCCCUCAUUUGUACAAGGGAUGACACCUCAAAACAAAGAAAGCCAGCACAGUAAAAUGACAAACAUUCCUUUCAGUUUGCUUCCUAUGUCAUGUGAGAAAGUUAUUGCACAGAGUAAGCAGAUCCCAAAUGUCUUUGCCUGAGCCACAUUUGUUUGGAAACACCCUUUCCAUAAGCAAUUUACAUAUGCCUGUGUGCUUUUAUGACUGUGUAAUGUGAGUCAUCUAUUUUUAGAUCCUGCUUAUGUGCAUGUCUGUGUGCGUGUGUUUUCUGUAAUUAUGGUAUCCAUAAAUUCUAGGUUUCAUAAGCAACUUUGUGGUACCUGCGGAGGUCGCGCACCAAAAGAGCUGAACAAAAAUGCACACGGGUCUGUGUGUAGCGGUGCGGGUUUGAAAACAAGGGGGACGUCAUAUAUGUUGGGUUUGAUUCACUUUGUGGGGCCAAAAUGGAACUGAAUGGAACGAUGGACAGACUCCAAACCCAGCACCUACCCACCCACGCACUUCGAGCCAUCAGAAAAUAUGCAAUGUCUGUCCUAUUCCUAUGCAAACAAAUACUAUCAUGUGUCCUUUUGCCAUAUUCUGCUAAAACCUGCAAUUAACUCGGCAGACUGAUAUGAAUGUGUUCAACAUCUCAAUCCCUCACAAGUGAUUUCAAUAGGUGACAUGGCCGAAUGGGGAUGAAAAAUGUGUCAUUCAGGGAGGAAAUCCUUGCUGUGGUCACCUGCAGAGGUUUUUGUUAUGUGCACACUUUUCAUGAUAACCACACGCCAGAUCUCGUUGAAUCACAAAAACCUGCUGUAACUGUUGUUCAGUCAAAGAUGUUGCGUGCGUGUGUGUGUUUGCGUGUGUGUGCGUGUGUGUCCGUGCUAGAUACUGGACUGUGGCUUUUUCAUCAUUGAAAUGGAGAUACAAAAUAAAAAGGAGAGCAUCACUGUAAUAUAUAUAUGUUUUGUUUUUCUAAUUUGCCCUUUUUUCUUCUUUUUCAUAUAUUUUCUAUGUUGAUUUUUGCAGUUGAUUUUUUUGUUAUCUUAUGAAAUGCAUGUGCUUUGCUCAUCUUUUCCAGCGAUUGGUUUAUGUAUUCAGAACAAUGCACACAUUUAAUAUUUCGGUUUGCUAUGCAGAGCAAUUAAAAUGUCUGAGUAAUUCAA